GAACCCAAGUUGGGCCCAUUUGAACAGAAACAUUAUUCCUAAGCCCAAAAAUUCAAAAAGGGCUUGCAAAUUUCAUGGGUUUGGGCUAAUGAAAUGGAGGCCCACGUCACUACUAAUCGACUAUAUGAUGAAAACCGCACAAGCAAUUUCGGGUCGUCGUCGUCGUUUUCUUCUUCUUCUUCUACUACUCCAACACUCUUUAUCUAUCAGAAAUGUCGGAACAGCAAGAGCCUCAAGCGCAGUCGAUGCCUCAGCCUGGAAGCAUGGAGAGCUCCUUUGAUAAUAAUAGUUCGAAAGGGAUUCAGCCUCCGAAGCUUGCCGUUUUGGCUGACCUUAACGUCGAUCCUCCUGAAUCCGACGGCAACGAUUCCGUCCAAUUGCCGGCUUCAGACCUCACUAGGUUAGCAAUUGAUGAAAGCAGUCAAGAUAAGAGCACAUCAAUGUGUAUAGACAAUGUAGACAAUGAUGCAGUGGAAGGUGAAGGUAAACGGAUAAACAAGCUUGGGAAAUGCCGAUCAAGAAAUAAGGUAGAGUGCCCUCUUGAGUAUGGAGCUGAUGCAGAUGGUGAUUUGCCCGUUCAAGGGGUUCCCUCAUCUCGUGAGGAAAAAGUUAGCAGCCUUAAAACUGCUUUAGUUCAUGUCACGAGGAAGAUGCCUAAAAAUGCUCAUGCUCAUUUUGUGCUGGGCUUAAUGUAUCAAAGGCUGGGUCAACCAUCAAAGGCAGUUUUGGCUUAUGAGAAGGCAGCCGAAAUCUUACUCCGCCCUGAGGCAGAGAUUGAUAGACCAGAUUUACUUUCACUGGUUCAAAUCCACCAUGCACAGUGCCUCCUACUGGAAAGUUCUGGAGACAAUAGUCACGAUAAAGAACUUGAACCCGAAGAGCUUAAGGAAAUCCUUUCAAAACUAAAGGAUUCAAUACAAUUGGAUAUAAGACAGGCAGCUGUAUGGAAUACUCUUGGCUUGAUACUUCUUAAAACUGGUCGUCUGCAGAGUGCUAUUACGGUUUUGUCAUCUUUGUUUGCUGUGGCCCCUGACAACUAUGAUUGCCUUGGAAACCUUGGGACUGCUUACCUUCAAAGUGGAAAUUUGGAACUGUCAGAAAAAUGUUUUCAAGAGUUGGUCCUCAAAGAUCAAAAUCAUCCUGCAGCCUUGAUCAAUUAUGCUGCACUUCUUUUGUGUAAAUAUGGAUCAGUUGUUGCAGGUGCUGGGGCAAGUGCUAGAGAUGGUGCUUCUGUGGAUCAGGUCUCAGCUAUCAAUGUUGCAAAAGAAUGUUUGCUAGCAUCAUUAAAAUCAGAAUCCAAGGCAGCACAUACAUGGGCUAAUCUUGCUAAUGCAUAUUAUAUGGGUGGUGAUCAUAGGAGUUCAAGCAAGUGUUUGGAGAAGGCAGCAAAACUAGAGCCCAAUUGUAUGUCUACACGGUAUGCUGUUGCAGUCCACCGGAUCAAGGAUGCCGAAAGGUCUCAAGAUCCUAGUGAACAACUUUCUUGGGCCGGAAAUGAAAUGGCUUCAGUAAUAAGAGAUGGUGAUCCUGCUCAAAUUGAGCUUUCAACAGCAUGGGCAGGAGUUGCAAUGGCUCACAAGGUCCAACAUGAGAUAGCUGCAGCAUUUGAAACAGAACAGAACAUGCUGCUGGACAUCGAAGAUCGUGCUGUCCACAGUUUGAAGCAGGCAAUAGCUGAGGAUCCAGAUGAUGCUGUGCAGUGGCACCAACUUGGCCUUCAUAGCCUUUGCACCCGUCAAUUCAAAAACUCACAGAAGUAUCUCAAAGCUGCAGUUGCUCGUUUUAGGGAGUGCAGUUAUGCAUGGUCAAAUCUAGGUAUCUCAUUGCAACUCUCAGAGGAGCCAUUGAAAGCCGAAGAAGUUUACAAGCUGGCCUUGUCAUCAGCAACAACAGAAAAUGUGCAUGCUACAUUUUCCAACCUCGGAAAUCUAUAUCGCCAGCAGAAACAAUAUGAACGAGCCAAGGCAAUGUUUACAAAGUCACUUGAACUCCGGCCAGGUUAUGCUCCUGCAUUUAACAAUCUGGGUCUUGUAUUCGUUGCCGAGGGUCAGUGGGAGGAAGCUAAGUUCUGUUUCAAGAAAGCGCUCCAAACAGAUCCGUUACUAGACGCAGCAAAGUCCAACGUGAUAAAAGCAACGGUGAUGUCUAGAUUGUGUUCUGGUGUUCCCUGACGGCUUAAAAUGGAUCUUAUUAUACAAGUGAAAGGUAGAUUUUUUAUUUUUUUUUCCCUUUUUAUUUUUUAUUUUCUCGAUCAUGAAUAUAGUGUUGUAAAAACAGUAGUAUCUAUACCACAAGAAAUGGUAAUGGGUAUGCUUUUCUC